AUGUCAGACUCCCUCCACAUUUCUGAGGACCAACCGAAGCCUCUUGAGACUCCUGACGACGAGUUCGGAAAGGUCCAACACUUCCAUGAUGGCGAAAAAGAGUACAUCUUGAUCGGAAAGCAGAAAUUCUUGAAGGAGGACUUGGCCCAAGCCUUUGGUGGUACGUUGCAGCCCGAACAGUACGCGCCGGCUCCAUCCAGAAAGUUCGGUAACCCUGCGCCCCUUGGGUUAUGCGGUUUCGCCUUAACCACGUUCGUGUUGUCUAUGUGUAACGCAAGGGCAAUGGGGGUCAAGACCCCAAACAUUGUAGUGGGCUUGGCAAUGUUCUACGGUGGGCUCAUCCAACUCUUGGCUGGUAUGUGGGAAAUUGCGGUUGAGAACACUUUUGGUGGGGUUGCUCUUUCCUCCUACGGUGGGUUCUGGAUGUCCUACGCAGCGAUUAACAUUCCGUGGUUUGGUAUCGUGGCGGCUUACGAGGAUAAUCCCCAGGAGUUGGCCGACGCGGUGGGAUUCUUCUUAUUGGGUUGGUUUUUUUUCACGUUCUUCAUGUUGUUGUGCACCAUGAAGUCAACCUUGGCAUUCUUCCUUUUGUUUUUCAUCCUUGACAUUACCUUCUUGCUCUUGGCCAUCGGAGAGUUUAGUGGUAAGGUGGGGGUUACCAGAGCUGGCGGUGUGUUUGGUGUCAUCACUUCGUUUAUCGCCUGGUACAAUGCCUAUGCGGGUGUCGCCAACAAGCAGAAUUCGUACCUUAGAAUCAGGGUACUUCCAUUACCAACCAGAACCCGCUCUAUGGCGUGA